UGUUGUGAUCACAUGACCGCACACACAGCUUAAUUUAUAUCUCUCUGGCCGGCUGGUGGCGCCUGCAUGGUGUGCGCUCCUCUGUGAUUGCUUUCUGAUAGAAUGGUUGCUGUGUGCACUGUGUAACUAUCCGUCUGGCCAUUAGGAUCCUAGGAGACGUCUCCCGUACCUGAGUGCAGAAUGGCGUCCCCUAGUGGUGGUAAAAGCGUGUUCCUUAUUCGAGCACUGGAGCGUAUUCUCACGGAGAAAGAAGUGAAGAGAAACCAGCACCUCCAACUAAGAAAAGCUUGUGAAUCAGCACUGAAAUCGAUUAAAGAUGAGCAGAAGAAGUCCACUGCCAAAGUUGAAGCCGCGGUUUUCAAUGCUGACAAAUACUUCCAUGCUCUUGAACUGGCUUGCAAAAGUAACAUCCCUCGAAUUGUCGACUCUUCCCUCGAUUGCAUUCAGAAACUGGUUGCUUAUGGGCAGCUGAAAGGGCUGGAGCCUGACCCUGACAAUGUGGACAAGAGACUAAUUGACCGCAUUGUGGACACUGUGUGUCAUUGCUUUGUAGGAGUCCUCACCGAUGAGGGAGUACAGCUGCAAAUCAUUAAGGCUCUUUUAACUAUACUGACAAGCAGUACAGUGGAGGUGCACGGAGGCACAGUCUUACAGUCCGUGAGGUGCUGCUAUAACAUCUACCUGGCUAGCAAGAAUGUAAUCAACCAGACUACGGCUAAGGCCAGUCUCACACAAGUACUCUCAACACUCUAUCAGAGAAUGGAAAAUCAAGCUGUGCUUCAAGAAGCAGCUCGCAAGAAAAUGGCUUCCUCUGUUCCCAAAUUACCUACCAGCGAAUCCCUAGACGGGGAAAGUCCAAAACCAGAGAUCACUGAUGAUCAAUCGCUGUCAGUGAGCCCUGUACCCACGGAGACGGACCAUGCUGAAUCCCCGACAGCCUUUGAGUCCGGUAGUGACGAGCGGCACAUAGGUGACAUCCAAGGAUUGAGUGUGGAGGAGGUGGCCAAGAGACUGGUGGCUGAUGCGCUCUCUAGAGCUGUGAACCAGUACUGUGCCACCAAGGACACUGAUUUUAGUCAUGAUGCUUCCUCAAUCCUGACAUCCAGCCUGUCCCAAGGAGAUUGUGCCCAGUCUAUCCCUGGGGCCACCGCUUUACAAGGUGGUGCUGGCAAACUAGGAGUUCAGUUUGCUCACAUCCUGCAAAAAGACUGCUUUCUCGUGUUUAGGUCACUCUGUAAGCUAUCAAUGAAGGGGAUAUCUGAUGUCAGUGACCUUAGGUCACAUGAGCUCCGCUCCAAAAUCCUCUCCCUGGAGCUGCUGCUCUCUAUUCUCCAAAACUCUGGUCCAGUGUUCCGCACAGACGAAAUUUUCAUAACGGCCAUCAAGCAGUACUUGUGUGUGACCCUAAGUAAGAAUGGGGUGUCGAGUAUUCCCCAGGUGUUUGAGCUCUCUUUGUCCAUAUUCCUCUCUAUGCUGUCAUCAUUCAAGACCCACCUCAAGAUGCAAAUUGAGGUGUUCUUCAAGGACAUUUUCCUGUAUAUCCUGGAGACUGCAUCCAGUAGCUUCCAACACAAGUGGCUCGUCUUACAAGCCCUAACAAGAGUGUGUGGAGAUGCACAAACUGUGGUGGACAUAUACCUCAACUAUGAUUGUGACAUGUCCCUGCAAAACAUAUUUGAGCGUCUCACUGGUGAUAUAUCUAAGAUUGCCCAGGGUAGACAAGCCAUUGUGCUGGGGGCCACUCCACAACAAGAGAAAAUGCUCAAAACUAAAGGACUGGAGUGUCUGUGUUCUGUUCUCAAGUGCAUGGUGGAGUGGAGCAGAGAGUACUACACUGACCCAGCCACCACAGGUCUCAAUGCAGUCUACAGGCCCUCGUCUGGGGAUACCCCUGAAGAACACCCAACUAACGAGUCACGGGACCUGCUUCGUCCUUCACGGUCUGGCAGCACUGUGAAUAGAACCAGUGAUUCAGGUGAUGGUGAUAACGUCAGUAUGUCGUCCAUGGAUAAUCCAGAGCAGUUUGAGUCCAAAAAGCAACUCAAGGAGCAAAUGCAGCAAGGACUGCAGCUAUUUUCGUCAAAGCCCAAGAAAGGAGUUAAGUUCCUACAGGAUAAGGAUUUGUUGGGUCGUGAGCCAGAGGAUGUGGCUCGGUUCUUCCAGUUUGACUCCAGGAUCAGUAAGACAGCAACAGGAGACUACAUGGGGGAGAGUGAUGAGUUCUGCAAGUUGGUCAUGUAUGCGUACAUAGAUCAAAUGGAUUUCAAUGGCAUGGAUUUUGUGGGGGCACUUAGGUACCUGCUCUCAGAAUUUAGACUUCCGGGAGAGUCUCAGAAAAUUGACAGGAUUAUGGAAAAGUUUGCCAGCAGAUUUUGUGAGAAUAAUCCCAAGAUGGACAUAUUUGCCAGUGCUGAUGCCGCCUAUGUUCUCGCUUACUCUAUCAUUAUGCUCACCACUGAUCUACACAAUGCACAGGUAAAGAAGAAAAUCAGUAAGGAUGACUACAUUCGUAUGAACCGUGGUAUCAACGAUCAGAAGGACCUUCCUCGUGAGUAUCUGGAGGCUAUCUAUGAUCAGAUUGCCCUCAAUGAGAUUAGGAUGAAUGUGGCAACAGUGCAGCGGUCUGCCUCGUCACGGCAAUCAAUAGCAAGCGAGAAGGAUCGGAGGCAGAUGUACAAUCAAGAGAUGAAGGCAAUGUCUGAGACUGCCAAAGCGAGAAUGGAGGGCAUCAGUGGCAAGGCUUCCACCUUCACAAGGGCCACUCAUGUUGAGCAUGUCAAGGGAAUGUUCAAGGUUUCUUGGACUCCAUUUCUUGCUGCUUUCAGCGUUGCUCUGAAGGACGCAAAUGAUUCUGAUGUGGUCACACUCUGCCUGGAUGCCUUCAGAUGUGCCAUCCGAAUUGCUUGCGUUUUUGGCCUCAAUCUGGAGAGAGAUGCAUACAUCAAUGCACUGGCCAAGUUCACACUGCUGACUACCUCUGUGGGACUAGUGGAGAUGAAACCCAAGAAUGUGGAGACCAUCCGCACUCUCUGUGCAGUGGCCUACACUGAUGGCAACUACCUGGGCUCAGCGUGGAUUGAUGUCUUGCAGUGCAUAUCUCGCCUAGAGCUGGCACAGCUUGUAGGUACUGGAGUUAAGACCAAGUACAUCACUCAUGGUGACCAGCAGAUCAAAAGUCAGACUCACAAGCGGGUCAACAACAUCCAUCACCAACAACAACAGAACAGCUCAACCAUAGACACUGUAUUGUCUGGAACAGAUCCUAAAAAAAUGGCCACCAUUCAAGAGCAGGUUGGAGAGACUAGUUCUCAGAGCAUGGUAGUCGCAGUGGAUAGGAUAUUUACAGGCUCAGUUCGUCUUGAUUCAACUGCCAUUGUUGAUUUUGUGGAGUGUCUGUGUGCUGUGUCGGACCAGGAGCUGUCCAGCCCCACUCAACCGCGCAUGUUCAGUCUUCAGAAGAUCAUUGAGAUCUCCUACUACAACAUGGACCGUGUGAGACUGGAGUGGAGUCGCAUGUGGGAGGUCCUCGGAGCCCACUUUAACACGGUGGGCUGUCUACCGAGUGAGGAAGUGUCUUUUUUCGUGGUGGACUCUUUACGACAAUUAUCUAUGAAAUUUCUGGAGAAAGGAGAGCUUGCUAACUUCAGGUUUCAAAAGGACUUCUUGAGACCGUUUGAGCACAUAAUGAAAAGAAAUGAUGCUGUAACUAUUCGUGACAUGGUGGUGCGGUGUGUGGCUCAAAUGGUGAGUGCCAAGGCAUCUCAGGUCAAGUCAGGCUGGAAGAACAUUUUUUCAGUCUUCCACUUGGCUGCGUCAGACACUCAUCAAGAUAUUGUCGAGAUGGCCUUUGGAACCAUUGAUCAAAUUUUCAAGGAUCACUUUAAAGCAACAAUCAGUUCUUUCCAAGAUGCUGUAAAAUGUUUGUCUGAAUUCUCUUGUAAUGCUGCUUUCCCUGACACAAGCAUGGAGGCCAUUCAGAUCAUUCGGGCGUGUGCAAAACACAUUGCCGAGAGCCCUCAGGAGUUUGUAUUAAGUGAGGAGGACCAGCGCAACCCUGACUGUGUGUGGGCGAGGGCCUGGUUCCCUAUAAUGCUUGAGCUCUCCACUGUCAUCACCAGAUGCAAGUUGGACGUCAGAACAAGAGGAUUGACUGUGAUGUUUGAGAUCAUGAAGUCUUAUGGGCACUUGUAUCAGCAGCGUUGGUGGCAAGACCUGUUUAGAGUGGUCUUCAGAAUAUUUGACAACAUGAAGUUGCCAGAGUUGCAAGCUGAGAAAUAUGAAUGGAUGGCCACCACAUGUAACCAUGCCCUCUAUGCCAUGAUGGAUGUUUUCACUCAAUUCUAUGAGGUUCUCUCUCCCGUGCUGCUUGAUGAUGUUCUAUCUCAGCUACUGUGGUGUGUGCAACAAGGCAAUGAGCAACUGGCCCGAAGUGGCACUAAUUGUCUUGAGAACUUGGUGCUGGCCAGUGGGAUGCAGUUUUUACCCGAUGUGUGGGACAAAGUGUGUUCCUGUGCUCGGGACAUUUUCAUGGCCUCCAUUCCAAGUCAACUUACCACUUGGAAACCAGAUGAAAAUUUGUUAGCAAGGUCAUAUUCUACCUUGUCUAUUGCAUCAUCUCGGAGCUCUCUGACCUCUGACCUCAGAGAUGUGGAAGUUCCCUCGCCGCUACCCACUGACAUUGGCCCAGACACUGAGCAGCCCCAUGACACACAGCCAUCCCCACUCCCUAUCACUGACCAACAGUAUGAUUCACCUGCCCAACCCAUCCCUGAGAUUAGUGUACAGAGCCCAAAAAGGAUGGAGGGUGCUAGUCAGUCAGAGGAUCUGCCACCUACAAACAAUGGUGUUAGAACGGUUGAUAGUAAUGCUUGUACUACAACAACUGAUGAAAAUGGAUUUGUACUGGUGCAGUCUGACAGUACACUAACGGGUAGCACUGAGGAUUCUCAACCCAAGGACAAAGACGGUAAUGACAUCCCCACUGGGGAAGAAUCUGAAGUUAAUCCAUCGCCUGUAGUUGGCUCUCCUGCUGUUAGCCAAGGUGUGUCUGAAAUAGAAGCAGAAGACACAGCUCCUGUUCAAAUCUCGAUUAGACCUCGUGUUGAAUCGACUUCCUCAAGAAAAGAUCACGAUACAUCUAAACAUGAGAAAAAGGAGCGAUUCUCUCUCUUCAAGAGUAACAAUAAGACAGGUGACAAACCAAAGGCGUCAAAGAAGUCAGGCCGGAAGGAUAAAUCAAAGAGAGGACGUGGAAAAGCAGAUGAAAAAUCCAUUGACGAUAAUCAAUCAGAAACUUCUUACCAACCAGAUAUUGAUUUGUCCACGAAGCCACAGGUCUCAAGGAAAGCUAUAUCUCGGUCACCUGACCAGAUGCUGUUUGAAACUUUGGUGAUAAAGUGUGUGGUUCAGUUGGAGCUCAUACAAGCCAUAGACCAUAUUGUAUUUUUUCAUAAUACCUCCCGACAAGAUGAUCGGAGCAUUCUUGAUUAUGCACAAGCAAGUAACACUGGUGUGACGCUUCCUGAGAUGUGUAGCACUAAAGAAGGGAUGUUUCGCUACCUAACUACUUCUCAGCUGUUCGUACUGCUAGACUGCUUAGAAGAGUCACACAUGUUUGCAAAGACCUUCAAUUCAAACAAUGAGCAAAGAACACUGCUCAUGAAAGCUGGUUUUCGUGGACGUACAAGGCCAAAUUUGCUCCGACAAGAGUCUACCAGUGCUGUAUGCACCCUACGUAUUCUCUAUCAGAUGCUAGCUGAUCAAAACAGAGAGAAAAAUCACAAGUCUAUUGAGACUAGGCUCCUUAAUCUAGUUAGUACUUCUCUGAGUUAUUUUUUGUCUCUGAGCAGUGAGAUUCACAAAGACUCUUGGACGCCCGCUUUGCUGCUGAUUUUCACACGGAUACUACAACUCCCCACAGAAAGUUUCAAGCAUCAUAUCAGUGUCCAUUAUCAGGAACUAUGCCAUCUCUUGACCAUGGAAUUGAAGUAUGUAGUGCGUAUAUGUCUUCAUAGACUGUUUGUGAGGAUUGGACAAGAGUUUCACAUAUUAUCUUAGAGAAAUUUAGCAGUUUAUAAUUAUAUAGUUGUGCCAUUUUUAAAAAUUUCGUUAACAAUCUUAAUUAUAUGCAAAUAGAA